GUGUCCAGCAGCUGUGGUCCGUGCCUGGUGGUUAGAACACGUCCAAAGAAAAAAAUAACAGCAGAGGCUUCCACGGUACUUGCCUGGAGCCGAACUGGAGCCUGUGGUGGAGGUGGCAGUGGGGGAGGCACUUAAGCUUUGUCUUCUCUGAACUCUGGUUCUCUGGUAGAGGAAACGUGAGGCGUACUGGCAGUUUUAAAAUCAUGGCCCAGUUUUCUCAUAGGAGCAGUGGUGGAGCAGAGAGUCAAAUAUCUUGAAGGAAAUAUUUAAGCUUCCCUUGUCAAGUUCUUGGUUUCAUGACAUAGAGUUGAUGUCCUGUUUGAUCACAGCGGGGAGAACUUUCUCCACAGCCCUAAGUUUUCCAGGUAGAUAAGGUGGGAUUUGGUUACAAGUGGUUUCAGUCCCAGUGAAGGAUGAAGUCUCAUGCUUUUGAACGGUUUUAGGUUGAGUUCAGAUGGGAUGGUGCCUGCCUAGAGAGAGAUCAGAGAUCUGGCUAAGGAUUCCCCAAGAAAUAAAUAAGCAACCACAGUCCAAUCUGUAGUUGAAGAGGAUUUGCUGGUCUUGGAUGAAUCAUUGUUGUUCUGGAUCAUGCUAUAUCAAGGUGCUCUGACUCAACAAGAGUUCAAUAAGAGAUUGCAGAAAAGAAGAUCAUCUAAAACUGCAUGUGGUGCCAUUGACAUUCAAUGAUGUUGCCAUAGAUUUCUCUCAGGAAGAAUGGGAAUGCCUAAACUCCGAUCAGAAGGAUUUGUACAGAGAUGUAAUGUUGGAGAAUUACACUAACUUCAUCUCUUUGGACUUUGAUUUCACAAAUGAGACCAACAAGUUAUCUUCAGAAAAAAGCAGUUAUGAAGUAAAUUCAUACCAUCGGGAGGCAUUCAAAAGAAGUAAAACCUUCAACCUUACAGGGUUUAUUUUCAGAAAUGAUUCACAGUGCAGAAUUGGAUUUGGGAAACAACAGGAAUCUAAAGUGGGAUGUUUUAGUCAAAUGCUAUUCAGAAAACAUUUAUCUCUUCCUCUACAUCAGAGAAUUCACACUAAAGAGAAAUUAUAUGAAUUUAAGGAAUGUAGGAAGUCCUUUAGAAAAUAUUCACACCUUACUGAACAUCUGAGAGAUCAUGCUAGUGUGAAACCCUAUGAAUGUAAGGAAUGUGGAAAUGCCUUUAAAUUUCAACAGAAUCUUAUUAGACAUCAAAAAAUUCACACCGAUUUGAAACCCUAUGAAUGUCAUGGAUGCGAGAAGUCAUUUAGGUUUUAUUCACAGCUUAUGCAACAUCAGAUCAUUCAUAUUGGUGUGAAACCCUAUGAAUGUAAGGAAUGUGGUGAAACUUUUAGACUAUACCGGCAUAUGUGUCUGCAUCAGAAAAUUCAUCAUGGUGUGAAACCCUAUAUAUGUAAGGAAUGUGGAAAGGCCUUUGGUCAUCAUGCAAGUCUUUUUCACCAUAAGAAAAUUCAUACUGGUGAGAAACCAUACAAAUGUAAACAAUGUGGAAAGGCCUUUGUUCGUAGUUAUCUACUUAUUGAACAUCAGAGAAGUCAUACUGGUGAGAAACCUUACGAAUGUAAGGAAUGCGGGAAGGCCUUUAGUAGGCGCUCAAGCCUUCUUAAACAUAAGAGAAUUCAUAGUAGUGAGAACCUCUUUGAUUGUAAGGAAUGUGGGAAGACCUUCUAUAAAGGCUCUCAGCUUAUACAACAUCAGAGAAUUCAUACUGGUGAGAAGCCAUACGUAUGUAAAGAAUGUGGGAAGACUUUUAGGCUUCAUUCAUACCUUAUUCAGCAUCAGAUAAUUCAUACCGAUGUGAAACCAUAUGAAUGUAAGCAAUGUGGGAAGUCCUUCUGUCGUGUUGGAGACCUUAAAACACAUCAGUCAAUUCAUACUGGGGAGAAACCCUAUGAAUGUAAGGAAUGUGGGAAAACCUUUAGACUUAAUUCCCAACUCACAUAUCAUCAGACAAUUCACACUGGUUUGAAACCCUAUAUAUGCAAAGAGUGUAAGAAGGCCUUCAGUUCUAUCUCAGGUCUUUCUCAACAUAAGAAAAUCCAUACUGGUGAAAAACCCUAUGAAUGUAAAGAAUGUGGUAAGGCCUUUAUUCGUAGUGUUCGACUUACUCAACAUCAGAAAAUUCAUACUGGUUUGAAACCGUACAAAUGUAAGGAAUGUGGGAAUGCCUUUAGUCAAUGCUGUCAACUGACUCGACAUCUAAGAUUUCACAAUGGUGAGAAACUCUUAAUGUAACGGGAGUAGGGAGACCUUUAGCCAUGAUACAUUCUUUACCUUUCAUUCUCACCAUUCAAUCACUUAAUGAUGUUAUGGUGAGCAUUAAAUGAGUUAAGAUAAAAUAUGAACUCUUGAGGGAGCAUCUGGCCGAUAAUAUUUGUUUAGUAAAUAUUAGCUAUUGUCAUUUUUAUGUUAAUCAUUAGUACUACUAUAAUCCAUAUGGAAGGAAGAGCCUAUAAGUAUAUUUUUAAAAACUUUCCGUCUUCACUCAUCCCUAAUUUAACUUCAGAUAAUUCAUUCUGGACAAAAUGCAGUAGUAAUAUUAAAUGAGAAAUUUUUAAUUCAGAGCUCAUCCCUCUGAAGAUUAUUAAUGCUGGAAAGAAAUCAGCUGGGUUGAAAAAUCAGAGUGGUUUGAAGACAUUUACUCAUAAUAAAUUCUAAAACACAAAUACCAUACAAGCCACACACACAUUACUUAUAUCAUAAAAUAUGGGUAAUAUAUGCGUUGCAUAUGUCAUUUUUGCUGUGCUUUUUUGAGUGAAUGUCUUAGGUAUGAGACUUGACCUCUAAAAACUCAGUAUACAACUUCCAGGAUUAAAGAUAAACUUGUACCUGACACUAAACUCUUGUCACCUAAACUCUUGUCACCUAAAAAAUUAACAGUAACCCCACAAUAUCAUAUAAUAUCCAUUUGCAAAUUUUGCCAAUUUUUAAAGAAUGUCUUCCAGGAAACAAACUAAGCACAUAUAUUCUGUAUGAUUAUGGUUCAUUAAGUCUUCUUUGGGCAAGAACCUAUUCUCCACCUUUUUUGUGUCAUAGACUUUUUUGAAGACUCAAAAGAGUUGACCUGUAUAAUGUUGCACAUUCCCUGUAUGUCCUAUUGUUUCUUAGGGUGUGCUUAACUUGUUUCUCUGUCCUCUGCAUUUCUUAUGAACUAGAAGUUGUGCCCAGAGGCCUAAUUAGGUUUCAGAUUAAACAUCUAUGACAAGACUAUUUUGUAGAUAAUGUUGUGUACUUAGUAUUGUAAAUAUCAGGUAGCAUACAGUUUUAACUAUGUUUGAUAUCUCGAUUAAUGUUUUGACCACCAGCACUUUCUACUGUAUUGGUAUUUUUUUCUUUGUAAUUAAUAAGUAAUCCAUGGAAAGACACACUGGCACCUCCACUUGAAAAUUUCAUCAUGUAUUUUAAAGAAAUUAAGAGGGACAAACCUCAUCUUUUGUAUUUAACCACAUAUUUACCACUUCCCAUGCUUUUCAUUUCUUUCUGAAAAUCUGGAUUUCCCUCUGGUAUCAUUUCCCUUCCACUUGAAUAACUUAUUUUAGCAUUUCUUGGAGUGCAGUUCUGCUGGUGAUGUUUUC